AUGAAAAUUCUGGACGACAUCAAGCAGCAAGUUGAGAAGGAAAUGCUGAAAUUCGAUCCACGAUUGGCUGAGAAGAAGUAUUUGAAAAUUACUCAAUCAAUAAAGGAUUUGUUUUUGAAGGCUGUUGUGAAAGAGAAGUAAACUAUUAAAGCAGCUGCGCAUUCCAUUGGAAUCAAUUACUCUUCCGCCAAAGCUAUCUGGGCUGAAUUCAGAAGUAAGAAUCAGAAGAAGAAGAAGAAAAACAAGGAAGAUUCAGAUUAGAAGAAUGGAAACCAAUUAGUUAAGCGUUGUUCCUAUAAAAUUUUGAACGGAUGCAAUAAAAUAAAAAAAUUCUUCAUGGAAAUCAAAUCAUCUGUCUCAUAGAACUUAAGCUCAACUCAUUUAAUCAAUUUGGAAUCACAUAUAUGA